GGGUUGGGCUUUGUGGUCUUGAGCUUCCUCUGCGUGGCAACGACGACGACGAUGGCGACGACGACGACGGCGACAUGCGCGCGGGCAGGUGUUAUCUGGCUGCAUGGCCUCGGCGACUCGGGCGCCGGCUGGACCUUCCUCCAGGACGAGCUCUCGUCAUUGCGCCAUAUCACGUGGAAGUUCCCGAACGCUCCCAACCGCCCCGUGUACCUCGCGGGCGGCCAGCGCAUGCCUGCGUGGUUCGACCUCAAGGACAUUCCUGUCGCGCCCAACUCAGUGCGCGAAGAGACGCUCGACGGUAUCCUCGACUCUGUCGCGACGGUGCGCGCGCUCGUGCAGGAGCUGCAAGCCGAGGGCAUUCCGGCCGAGCGCAUCGUCAUUGGCGGCUUCAGCCAAGGCGCUUGCACGGCUGUGCUGGCGGGCCUCCUUAGCGACGCGCCCAUUGCUGGCAUCGUGGCCUUUAGUGGCUGGCUCCCGCACGAAGAUUUUCUUGUGUCGCUGCCGACGUCGUCGCGCCCCGUGCUCGUCGCGCAUGGCACCUCGGACGACAAGGUCGCGUACCCGCUCGGCAAAGGGUUGGCCGACCGUCUCUCGAGCCUCGGCCACACGACCACGUUCAAGACAUACCCUGGCAUGGGCCACACGGCGUCCAUGGAAGAAAUCGCCGACCUCCGUCAAUGGUUGCACACCGUCUUGCCAUGAUGCAUCGCGCUGGCCUUUCCACCUUCAACAGAAAUAAUCAUCACACAAUGGAUCGCUGU